CCGGCGAACAAAUCAGGUGGCGAGACACAUACCCACUUUGGUGUACGGUUUCUUUGAAAUUUUUCAGAGGAUAUUGCAAUAUUAGAGUUCGUUACUGAAAACAUGUCUGCAGGUGGAGAGAGACCAGAACCUUUAUCAGGAAAGGACGAAGGAUCAUUUGCUUAUCUUACAAUUCGAGACAGACUGCCAGUAAUUCUGACCAAAGUCAUUGACUUGGUGCAUAGACAAGCAUCAGCAUUGUCGGAGUCCAAUCAACAGGAAAAAAUUGAGGACAGUAAAGGAGUGAUAGCAAAACUCUCUAAAUUAAGAUAUGAGAUGAAAACUAAUAAGCCACUGACCCAGAUGGAAGAUGAUCGGCCAGAUGUGCAAAUUUGGAAUGACACCAUUGAGAAGGGUAAAUCGCUGGUUGAUCAAAACAAAAUUACUUCUUUCACUGGAGCAUGGUUGAUUGUUGAGUGCUAUAUGUAUCGUAAGAUCUAUGAAGCCUUUGCUUUGAGCAAGCAGCACAAGUGCUUUGAUCCCUUUCAAGACCAGAAAGAAGAAUCCUUUAAAGGACUUCAGAACUCAGCAAUUUCCCUGGCUCAGUUCCUCAAACACUCCAUACAUAAUUCUGGUGGUGAUGGUGAAGAGAAAAGAAAUGUAAAAAAUGUGUUUGAUACUCUGCUUCAGUUCUGUUUGUGGGGAAACCGUUGUGACCUUUCUAUCUCUAGUGGUGAAAUCACACAUGAGGAGGGAGCAGGUCAGACAGCUCAUCUUCAAAGAAUGAAAGAAAACAUUAUUGUUGACAAUUCUCAGGAUGUCUGGAACACAAUUCAGAGCAGUGAAAACCCCAGGAUUGAUUUUGUCCUGGACAACUCAGGCUUUGAACUUUUUACAGACCUAUGUUUUGCAGAAUUUUUGCUGCAUGCUAAUUUGGCUAAAGAGAUUCACCUGCAUACAAAGCAAAUUCCAUGGUUUGUUUCUGAUGCCAGCAACAAAGAUGUCAUGUGGAUGGCACAACAAAUGAAAGGUUCUUCAAACAAGUGUUUAUCAGAACUUGGAGAGCUCUGGAUUCAGCGCUUCCAAGAUAGAACAUUCAUUCUUCAAAGCCACUCAUUUUGGACACAGGCCCAAGAUUUUAGUGAAAUGAAAAACGUGGCCCCUGAUUUGUAUGAAGAGCUUUCAAAUGCAAAGAUUGUAUUUUUCAAGGGUGACCUGAAUUAUCGCAAGUUGGUUGGUGAUCGUAAAUGGAAUCACACAAUUCCUUUUACACUCGCCCUCUGGGGGUUUCUGCCAGCGCCUCUGUGUUCAUUGAGAACCCUGAAGGCUGAUGUUCAAGUUGGAUUGUCUCCAGGUCAAGACGACAAACUGCAGGCUAUUAAUAAAGAAUGGAUGACAUCAGGGAGCUAUGCUGUCAUUCAAUACGCCCACCACUUAGACUGAUCACUUCCAGUAAAAGAAAGAGAUUCAGUCAAUGAAAUUUCACCUGAUAGACUCAAACUUUUCUUAACUUAAUAAACAAUAAGCAAUUAAUGGCAUCAAAAAAAAUGUGGGUCUUUGGAACUUUUUAGUAGUCAGAAUAUUUUGUAGUUAUAACCAGCCAAAUGGGUUAUUUUGUGCUCUGAUAUGUCUUGGAGUCUUGAAUACUUGCUGUAAGGUUAUAUUUCCGACAAAUAAAACUUUGGUAGCCAUUUACUUGCAGUUGGUAUUGCCUGUUGUUAAGAGUCAUUUGAAAAGUGGUUUAUUUGUGAAUUUUUUAUUAGAUUAGAAAAGCAUAAAUUUAAUGAAGCUGUGAAGAUUGUUCAUUUCAACAGCAGUUUUUUAUCAAAAGCUUUCGUUAUUUUUUUUUUCAACGUUAUUUGUUUGAUAACUAUUGUAUUGUUAUCUUUAUUGCAUGGGAUAUAUUUAUAAAUGUAUUUCCACUGUAAACUACUAAUCAAAUUGUAGGACCUACAUUGAUAGCAGUUAUUUUAUAAAACUGAUGCAGCAACCCUGUAUAAAUGUUUAAGUUAAUAUUACUAUUAUUAUUAUUAUUAUUGUUUGAGACUUGUAGUUGCUGCUGUAACACCAUUUCAAGUUUUAUUCUUAUUAUUUUUUUUAACAUAACUCAAAAUUAGAAUACCUGUAUUUAAGUUUACUGUAUUUAUCCUUUACUUCAUAUCUUUGAAAACCUAAUGUUAUGCCAU